AUGAGUGAGAAAGUGGGUCCGGUAUCCUUUCAGACCCCGGAGCCAGGAGAGCUCGCGUUGGAUAAGCCGUAUAGCGAAGCCACUGCUCAGCUAAUCGAUCAGGAAGUGAGAGAUCUCGUGCAAAGUGUGCUGAGCCGUACGCGGGAACUCUUACGCGACCACAAAGACCACGUCGAAAAAGUAAGCGUUUCAUUUAGUGUUUAUCGGAAGAAACAAUACUAUUAUCGAUUCAUGCUCCGUUUCUUUUUAUUCCAGUGAUA